ACCAGCUGUAUCUAAUUAGUAAAUCAAGCUGGUGGCUGCAAAAAAAAAUGUAAAAGGAGGAGAUGAGUUGGGGAACGUUAUAGUCAUGAAGUUGGCAUAACUGCAGACAUGUGUGUAGCACUGGUGGUCUUGCUCAGUAUUGCUGUGCUCCAUUCUGCAUCAGCUGGAGGUGCUUAUUGUUCUAAAACUGCAGCAGCCCGUGCAGCUGCUUUGGGUUUGGAGUAUCCUGGACACCAUGGUGCCCCUGAUCUUUCUGGAGUUCAUAUGAUUUACCCCAGAAGCUUCAACUACGAAGUGGCUACAGCUGACCCUGACUGGACUUUCUACCAACAAGGUCUGCCAAGAGGAAGGUCUUCUAUGGACAACAUUUACCCCAGAAGCUCCAGUGGGUUCCAUUUGGGCCAUGGGAUGUAUCCACAAGUCCCAAGUGACUACACCCCAGACCGCAUGCUCAGCUUUCCUGAAGCGACGCUAUCCGACUACCCUGGGCCCCAUUUUAGGGAGGUCAAGCAUGUUGCCCCACCAGCACAAGGCUCAUCCUUUGGGCAGCCUGAGCUGACGUUUUGGGCUCCUCGAGGUUACAGCCAGCCGCAAGCGCAUGUCUACAGCAAGCAGCCCCUUGCUGUUGAUGAAAUCGGCCCAAUUGGAUAUGACAUGUCUCUGGGUGGACUGGGCCAACCCCGGAGUGCAGGACACGCAGUUGACCAAAGUGAUUUCGCUGACGCUGGUUUUGAAAGUGAUGUUGUGGAACCUCGAGGAUUCCGUAACUUAAAGAAGAUCAGACAUCUUCCAGCUGCUUGGAAGUUUCUGAAAGGUCCUGUUCAGCAUGUGUUUAAAAACUUCUAUUCUCAGCCAUUUGUCUAUGGUAAAGCUCAUGUUAAGAGAAUGUAGUUGUCAGUUUGUCUCAUGACCUAAAAGGCUUUGAUUAUUGGAUUAUGAAAGUUGAGGUAAUUUACUGGUUCUUCAAGUGUAACUCAAAGGUCCAAAUAAACUUGACUGUUUCAAACUCGG